AUGUCAACUAUAACUGAUUUUGAUAACAGCCUACUAAAUCAUAUUAAACAAUCAAUCAUCGAGUUAUCAUCAUCAUCAUCAACAAGUACUUCUACAACAACAAAUAGUGUUAAAAAAGAUGUUCUUCUAAUUAUUGAUGACAACCCAAUCAUAAAAAGUAUUGAAUUUGGGAGUACUACUACAACAACUGCCACAAUACACGUCAACAAUCAUCCAACCAUUUACAAAUACAAUCAAAUCAUAGAUGUAUGGUGGAUGCUUGAUAAUGGGUAUAUCAACCUACUACACUAUCGAUUAGAUAGAAAUGACUAUAUACAAAUGUAUGGGAGAACGGAAAGAGAAGAAUCGGAACUCUUGGAAAGGAUCUUUCAAACAAAAGACUAUGCUCUAGUUGCCAAGAUGGUAGAUCGAUACCGACUAGUCUUUCUCACCAACAAUAGUGUUGACUUGUCAUGCUAUAGCGGUCGUCUAGAUGUAUUCAAGUUAAUAUUGUCAAUUCAGGAUCCAGAUAAUAUACCCAUAUCAGUUGCGGCCGUAGAGAAUGCAAUUAAAUCUGGGUCACUUGAAUUGGUUCAGUUCCUAGACACCACAUUUCACGAAUCAUGUUCCCUAUCUUGUAUUAAUACACGUCCGUUUUGUGAAUCACACAAUCAACAAAUCAUAUCUUAUUUCUUGUCCAAGAUGGCUGCCAACGACACAGACAAAGAGACUACUCGUAGAAAACAAAAAUCAUUAGAUGGAUUGACUAUACUUUGUACAUUGGAUUUUGAUCUAAUCAAUCAAUACCUUUAUUGUGAUGAAAGUAAUUUGGAACAAUCGACACUUACCAACUUUGUAAUGUCUACUGUUUUCUUUUUCCUCAAUUUUCACGAAAAGAUUAAAGGGUAUCCACAUGGUGCAGUUCACUCUAGCAAUCUAUUGGAAUAUUUGGGAAAUAGUCAAGAGUAUAUUGUCAAUGUUUCCAAAAUCAUUCCAAUCAUAUUUAAACGUACACCACAACAAAUGCAAGUGUUGCACAACAAAAUAUUCAAGAUUAUGGAAAAUAUUGAUAGUCAAGGACCGUUAUAUCAACCACUUUACAAUAUGCUGGUAGUCUAUGAAAUAUUGGUCGAGAGUUUACCCGAAUCAUCGAGGAAUGGGUCAGAGGAGAGACUGUUACACAACUUUUCAACAAGAGGAAUCAUCAGACUGGGUGUGACUGACAAAUCGGUCUUGGCAUAUAUUGUCGACAAGUGCCAACCGGGUCUACGACUAAAAGAACAUUAUAGUGUGUUUGUUGUCACACAAUACACUGCACUGGACCAACUCGAUGCCAUCAUUGCUAUUGACCCAACGUUUUUACAGUAUCGACUCACUCGACUACGCGUAGCCUAUCAUCAAGAGGUAUUUGAUCGUCUUGUUGAAAUUGGUGUGCUUGGUAAACAGCUUAUACUUCAGUAUUGGGGUAAUCGUGUAGGAUCGUUUUGGGAUUCUGCAUGGAUACGGUAUUUAACGAAAAAUGCUACCGACCAAAUCAAAGGUGGUAGUUGGAAAUUGGAAGGACAUUCCUAUGUCGAUGCAAAUACCAUCGAUAUAGUCGCUCGUCUUUUAAUUGAAGCUGGGGUCUCUCUUGAACCCGUCCAACAGAUGCCAGGUAUCCAAAAUCUUUGUCAAUCCAAUGACAAUUAUCUAAUCAAAUAUAUGGUCGCAACCAACAAAUGUUGUGAUGUAUUUGCAUUGGGUGGUGCCAUACUCGGUGGUAAUUUCCAACUAUUCGAUCAUCUUGCAUCGAUAAAAGAUGUCAAACCAUACAAUGUAGACAAAGACAUUCACUUUAACCAAACCUAUAUUUUAUUCGCCAUUGAACAUCUCAUUUCUCUAAAUGAUUUUGAAAGAUUCAAAAUAUUUAGGAAUCGUAUCAAUCAUACAAAAUUCGAUGGUGAAAUUCCAACUAUGUGUAUCAAAUACUCCAACACCGAAUUCUUUUCUCAACUUGUUGCCAUUGACUCGUCUUGUCAAACAGAAAAGCCAAACAUGAUGGCAUUUGCAAAACGGGUUAUCAAAAAACACAACAUACCAUUCUUGAAGUUUAUCCUCGAUCGUGAUGACAAAACUUAUUCAACGCUAGACUUGAACCAACUAUUCAGGGAAGCACUAUUAAAUGGCUGUGUCGAAUCAAUGUAUAGACUAGUACAUCAUUCCAAUACUAUAUUCAAAAAAGAUAUUGGUAAAGUUUCAUCUGGUGAUAUUAUUAAUUCAAUCAAACUAGGUCAUCUCCCUAGUUUAGUUUAUCUUUAUUCUUUAAACAAAUUUAUCUUAAAAGACAAUAAUAACACAAGACAUGUUGACACCAAAUUACCUUUCAACAAAACAUUAACUUUAUUCCUAAAUGAAAUUUGA